CUGGAUUUCUCAGCACUGGGGAAACCAACCUAUGAACUGAAAAUGUCUAAAACUGGAACAAAGAUUACCUUCUACGAAGACAAGAAUUUUCAGGGCCGCCGUUAUGACUGCGAUUGCGACUGUUCGGACUUCCACACGUACCUGAGCCGCUGCAACUCCAUCAGGGUGGAGGGAGGCACCUGGGCUGUGUACGAGAGGCCCGACUUUGCCGGGUACAUGUACAUCUUACCUCAGGGGGACUACCCGGAGUACCAGCGCUGGAUGGGCCUCAACGACCGCCUCAGCUCCUGCAGAGCGCUCCACCUGUCUAGCGGAGGCCAGUAUAAGAUUCAGAUCUUUGAGAAGGGGGAUUUUAACGGUCAGAUGUAUGAGACCACUGAAGAUUGCCCCUCCAUCAUGGAGCAAUUUCACAUGCGAGAGAUCCACUCCUGUAAGGUGCUUGACGGGGCCUGGAUUUUCUACGAGCUGCCCAACUACCGUGGCAGGCAGUACCUGCUGGACAAGAAGGAGUACCGGAAGCCCGUCGACUGGGGUGCGGUGUCCCCGGCCGUGCAGUCGUUCCGCCGCAUUGUGGAGUCGUGACGGGACAGAGCCGUGGCGGGACGGAGCCGUGGGCCUCCUCCUGGGGUCUGAAUGCUGGCUAGCCUUGUGGUCCAAAUAGGCAUCCUAAAUAAAAUAAUUGACAUGCAUCCCA